AUGUCUUCUUUCGAUCGAGCAAACGAGGCCGUUUCCUUCCUGACUAACGGCUUGCCCGAGGGCCUGCGAAAGCCUCAGGUGGCCAUAGUAUGCGGCUCUGGACUGGGUGGUCUGGCAGAGACUGUUCAGUCUGAACCUCGUGCUGAAUUCGACUAUGCUUCGAUUCCUCACUUUCCUCGUUCCACAGUCGCCGGACAUGCGGGGAAAUUGGUGUUUGGACUUCUUGGCCAGAAGAUUCCUGCUGUCUUGAUGGUUGGCCGUGCACACUUUUACGAGGGCCACUCAAUGGAGCAGGUUACAUUUCCCAUUCGAGUGUUCAAACAAUUGGGCGUGGACACCGUUGUUUUGACAAACGCGGCCGGUGGCCUCAAUUCUGAUUAUAGCGUGGGUGAUAUCACCCUGCUGAAUGAUCAUCUUUUCCUCGCGGGACUGGCAGGAACUCAUCCACUGCGAGGUCCCAAUGACGAGGACUUUGGCGUUCGUUUCCCGCCUCUCUCGGAUGCGUACGAUCUUGAGCUUCGUCGUCACGUGCACCGAGCAUGGAAAGAGAUCACUACACCGCAGACUAACCGCAAGUUACACGAAGGAGUGUAUGCUUUUGUUGGAGGUCCCACUUACGAGACACGAGCCGAAAGCCGCAUGCUUCGAAUGAUGGGCGCCGACGUCGUUGGAAUGUCAACCGUCCCAGAAAUCGUCGUUGCCAGACAUUGUGGUCUUCGGGUGUUGGCAAUGAGUCUGGUGACUAACAAUGCCGUUUUAGCCCCCGUACCUCGUGGGGACGAGGAGCUACUUCAAGACAAAGCUGCAGGUGAACUGAGCGCGCUCUUGGAGGAGGGUAAGGCUGGCCACGAAGAAGUGUUGGAGGCAGGCCGGGCAGCGGCUGUGGAUAUGCAGAAAUUGGUGGUACAAACUCUGGUGAACGUCUUUGGUAGUGCGUGA